GGCCCCUCCCGGGGUGGCCCCCCACCCCCGCCGGCCCGGCCUCGCCCCGGGGACCGGCCACAGCCCCGCCGUCCCGCGUGGGUGAAGGGGCGCGCCUCGCCCCGCGGCCCGGGGCGAGAGGGGGGCGGUGCCCGGCCCCAUGGAGGACGAGGGGGAGGGGGCGGCGGGGUGGGGGGCGCCCCUCGCCGGCCCCUUCUGGACCGCCGUCUUCGACUACGAGGCCGCGGCCGAGGAGGAGCUGACCCUGCGCCGAGGGGACCGGGUGGAGGUCCUGUCCCAGGACUGCGCCGUGUCCGGGGACGAGGGCUGGUGGACCGGCCAGCUGCCGGGCGGACGCGUGGGCGUCUUCCCCAGCAACUACGUGGCCCCGGGCCCGGCGGCCGACGGCGGGCCGGGCCGGCCGCUGACCCCCGGGGCCGGGCCCGGGCCGCCGGACCUCCCGCCGGAGAUCCCCUUCCAGGAGCUGCGGCUGGAGGAGAUGAUCGGCGUGGGCGGCUUCGGCAAGGUCUACCGGGCCCGGUGGCGCGGGGAGGAGGUGGCCGUCAAGGCCGCCCGGCCGGACCCCGAGCAGGACCCGAGGGCCGCGGCCGAGCAGGUGCGGCGGGAGGCCCGGCUCUUCGGGGCGCUGCGCCACCCCAACAUCAUCGCCCUGCGCGGGGCCUGCCUGCGACCCCCGAACCUGUGCCUGGUCAUGGAGUACGCCCGGGGCGGCCCGCUCAGCCGGGCCCUGGCCGGACGCCGCGUGCCCCCGCACGUGCUCGUCAACUGGGCCGUGCAGGUGGCGCGGGGCAUGGCCUACCUCCACGGCGGGGCGCCCGUGCCCAUCAUCCAUCGCGACCUCAAGUCCAUCAACAUUCUCAUCCUGGAGAAGAUCGAGAACAAUGAUCUGUCGGACAAGGUGCUAAAGAUCACAGACUUUGGACUGGCACGGGAGUGGCACAAGACGACAAAGAUGAGUGCGGCGGGCACCUACGCCUGGAUGGCACCCGAGGUCAUCCGCCUGUCCCUCUUCUCCAAGAGCAGCGAUGUCUGGAGUUUCGGGGUGCUGCUCUGGGAGCUGCUGACGGGGGAGGUGCCGUAUCGAGAGAUCGACGCCCUCGCCGUGGCCUAUGGGGUGGCCAUGAACAAGCUGACCCUGCCCAUCCCCUCUACCUGCCCCGAGCCCUUCGCCCGCCUCCUGGAAGAGUGCUGGGACCCCGACCCUCACAGCCGGCCGGGCUUCGGCAGCAUCCUGGCCAGGCUGGAGGCCAUCGAGCAGUCAGCGCUCUUCCAGAUGCCCCUCGAGUCCUUCCACUCGCUGCAAGAGGACUGGAAACUGGAGAUCCAGCACAUGUUCGAUGACCUGCGGACCAAGGAGAAGGAGCUGCGGAGCCGGGAGGAGGAGCUGCUGCGGGCGGCCCAGGAGCAGAAGUCGCAGGAAGAACAGCUGCGGCGGAGAGAGCAGGAGCUGGCCGAGCGCGAGAUCGACAUCGUGGAACGGGAGCUGCACCUCAUCAUGUGCCAGAUGAGCCAGGAGAAACCGCGUGUCAAGAAGCGCAAGGGGCACUUCAAGCGCAGCCGCCUCAAACUGCGUGACGGCAACCGCAUCAGCCUGCCCUCGGGCUUUGAGCACAAGAUCACGGUCCAGGCCUCCCCGACGCUCGACAAGAGGAAGGGUCUAGGGGCCGACGGCUGCAGCCCCCCGGCCAGCCCCAGCAUCAUUCCCCGUCUGCGGGCCAUCCGCCUGACCCCCGUGGACGGCAGCCGGACGUGGGGCCGCAGUGCUGCUGUGAAGAAGGAGGAGCUGGUGGGCAGCAAGAAGAAGGGGAGGACGUGGGGCCCCAGCACCACGCUCCAGAAAGAACGCGUGGGCGGGGAGGAGAGGCUGAAGGCUCUCGGAGAAGGCACCAAGCAGUGGUCAUCCAGUGCUCCCAAUCUGGGCAAAUCCCCCAAGCACGUGCCCGUCACCCCCGGCUUCGCCAGCCUCACCGAGAUGGAGGAGCUGGCGGAGCCGGACGAGGCCAGCGUCCCGCCGUCGCCCUACAACAACCCGUCCUACCUCACCCUCCCGCUGCCCGGCGACGAGGCCCCGCCGGGCCGGAGCCCCUGGGGCCCCGAGGAGCCGGGCCCAACCCCGGGCCGCGGCGGGGGGCCGCGCAAGAGGAGCGAGCUGGCCCUGCUGGGCUGUGCCACCGUCCUGGGCGCCGUGGCCCUGGGGGGCGACCUGGCCGAGGCCUGGGGGGCGGAGGGCGAGGACGAGGAGGAGGACUGCGGGGAGGAGGAGGGGGAGGACCGGCGGCGGCGGCGCCGGGAGGGCCUGUUCCCUCGGGCCGGGCGCUUCCACCGCGGGGUCGCCGGCCCUCGGGGCCACCGGGCCGGACGCCGGGAGGAGGCCGAGGCGGUGCCCGGCCUGGCCCCGUCGGCCACGCUGGUCUCCCUGUCCUCGCUGUCCGACUGCAACUCCACCCGCUCGCUGCUGCGCUCCGACAGCGACGAGGCCCCGCCGGCGGCCGGAGGCCCGGACCCCGGCCCGCCGCCCGCCGCCUUCAAGGGCGCCAAUCCCCUGGUGGACCUGGAGGUGGAGAGCUUCAAGAAGGACCCGCGCCAGUCGCUGACCCCCACCCACGUGACGGCCGCCCGGGCCGUGCCCCGCGGCCACCGUCGCACGCCCUCGGACGGGGCCCUCCGCCAGCUGGUGCACGGCCAGCCCCGCCCGGUGCCCGACGGCGCCCAGGGGCUCGGACCCUCGGACUUCCCCCGCCUGCCCGACCCUCAGGCCCUGUUCCCCGCCCGCCGCCGGGCCACGGACCCGGCCGGGGGCCCCACGGAGCGCCCCACCAGCCUGGCCUUCGCCCCCCGCCCCCGCCCGGCCGUCAGCCGCCCCCGCCCGGAUCCCUGGAAACUCGUCUCCGUCGGCUGGACCCUCGGCACCUCGCCCUCCCCGGGCGUGACCGAGACGCCGGGGACCCCCGCCCGCCCCACGCUCAUGGACAUGGACGUGGACGGGCAGAGUCUGGACAGCACGGUGCCCCUCUGCGGUGCGCUGCCCCCGUCCUGCUCCCAGCUGGAGGCCGAUGCGUCCCGCUGAGCCGCCCGGGGCCUGGGCCGCCAGCGUCCCCUCCUCUAGCCUGCGGGGCACGGAGCCCCCUGACCCGGCCCGGCCCCGCCCGGCCCGGCCCCGCCGCCCCUGUGGGGUGGGGGGAAGAGGACCGUGGGCCAGACCACUGUAUUUA